AUGAAAGAAAUAUCGCAUUAUGGACCAUCACUUUGCAGCAAAUUUCACGAAAAGCUUGUUUAUGUAGGGUAUGGUUCCUCCAUCCAUGUUUAUGAUUAUCACACAGGUGACAUAAUUAAUGAGUGCAAUAUAUUCCAUAGAAAUAAGGUUCACCACAUUAGAAUCUGUACAGCUGGCUAUGCUUUGAUAUGUGGCAUGAAAUCUUUCUCGGUUGUGAAGCUUGAUGAUUUAAUGAGUUGUUCUGAAGUUCUGAAUAACGAAAGGGUUAUCGCUGAGUGCAUCAUCAGUGGCGAAUUUAGCUACGAAUGCACUCAGCUUUAUUUAUUGACAUGCUAUAAUGAAGUCAUGGUUAUCGACUUUCAGGGCAAAAUAAUUUCCAGGAAUUCAGUUUACGGGGAACGAUCACUCCUUUACUCUGGAUCGAUAAAAGUAAUGAGUAAGGACGAAGUUUACGUUAAUGCAGGCACUGUCAUGGGUGGGGUUUUGAUUUGGAAUCUUUUUACAGCACAUAUGAUGCAUAAUUUAGUGGGACAUAUCGGCUCUAUUUUUCAUGUCACACUCAGCGAUGAUGGUGGAUUUGUUGCUAGUUGUUCCGACGACCGAUCGAUAAGGCUUUGGGAUUUUAAAACAGGAAGUGAAUUGUCUAUUGGGUGGGGUCAUACAGCUAGAAUAUGGCAAUUAAAGUUUUUCAAUGACAAUAAGAAUUUAAUCAGUAUUUCUGAAGAUUGUACCUGCCGUGUGUGGUCGAUAAGCACACAUUCCGAAGCUAAAAUAGAACUAGUACAGCGAAACGUUUUCGAGGUACAUCUUACUAAAAACGCAUGGAGCAUUGAUGUCCAUGAUGGUGACAUGAUAGCAGUUUCCACCGGUAAUGAUGGUAGGAUCAAGUUAACCGAUCUUCAGCUGGCCUCAAGACAUGGGGAUGAACAGGAAUGUUUCAGCGUACAGGACAUUUCAAGGUCUACUGGCACAAAGUUUGAGAAUGGGGAGAUAAUCAAAGGUUUUCAAUGGUACGAAUUUGGAUUAGUAGCUGUCACGUCGCUGGGCAAUAUUCUAACCUAUACUACAAACAAUGGUUGGAGGUUUCAAAUGAAUAAUACCAAGUUCAUCUCUUACUGCUAUGUAAAUGGAGUUUCAGAUGAGAACGUAGCGGUCUUUUCCAACAACUCUGGGCAUAUUAUGAUGUUGAAAUUCAAUGAUGAUGCCGAGGAUGUAAUAGCAAAAAGCGAAUACCACGCUAGCGAACUUUCCAAAACAAAUAAUUGUAUGGUCUGUAAGUAUGGCUCAUCUCAUUUUCUGAUAUUAUUAGAGUCACCAAAUCCAAAGGAUGUAUUUUUAUGCCUGAUAGUCAAUAGUGCAACAUUAGCUAUCGAAGAAAAGAUUCCAUACAGUAAACCGCACAAUUUUUCUUCUUCAUGCGUUGAAGUUUAUCAGGAUAAUGUUCUUGUGGGCUCAAGAUAUAGUACAUUAGCUAUCUACAGUUUAAAAAGUGGUUCAAACCCCUAUGUUGUUAGAAGGAUCAACCCUGGCGAUACUACAACAUCGAUCAAAUAUAUUGAGACAGUCGGUGGAAAAGCAAUUUUCUCCGUAACAAAUAGAGAUGGAUAUUACAAUUUUAUUAAGAUAAAUUUCAAUCUCGACUUACACGAACAGGAUACACCUGUUACUGUUAUUCACAGUAAUAAAAUAGUGCGCGGGUUUCUUGAACAUGCAUAUAUGGACAGCAGUGGUGACUAUAUUAUUCACGGCUUCAAGAGCAACUUGUUCUAUAUUUAUAAUGAGACAAAAGGUUAUGAGAUUACCAGUGAGGCGUGUGGUGGUGCCCACCGUCAGUGGAGGCUUUCUUCAACUAGCGAUGGUUGGAUAUUAGUGUAUAUAAAGGCGUCAAAUAUCUUUUUCAGAAGAUUCCAUAAGAGAGCCAUACCAGAAACCCUGCGUGAUGGAAUACAUGGCCGAGAAAUUCGCGACAUAGCAAUAAAGAAAGAUAAAAUGUACAAUAAAGGAUAUCUGUUUUGCACCGGAUCUGAAGAUACCAGUAUAAAGCUAUGUCAUUUUGCGAAAGAUUCCGGCAGAGUUACCACUUUUUGGACUCAGCGAAAACACGUAUCCGGUCUCCAACGCUGCGCCUUUAUCAAUGAAGAUUUAUUUAUAUCUUCCUCAGCCAGAGAGGAGCUCCUUUUAUGGGAAGUUGAUACUGAGUCAUUAGAACGUCCAUUUAUGAACUUGCGUCAGGUUUUACCGACGUCGACAACGAACCCGGACUUGAGAAUAAUGGACUUCUCCGUUCAAUUUAUUGAAAAUAAUGUUGGUUUUAUCCUAGCCGCAGUGUAUUCAGAUUCAGCGAUUAAGGCUUGGUUUUUUGAUAUGAGAAAUAGCACUUUUCAUUUGCUGCUUGAUGGCAAAUACGAAACCUGUUGCAUGCUGAACGUUUGUCUGGUUCAAUAUCAAGAAAAUUUGUAUGUGGUGACUACCCCAACGGAUGGCCAUCUAGUAUUUUACAAUAUUUCCAAUUGCAUUCCAUUCAAGAUUAAAAAUCAAUCUGUUGAAUUGAUUAGUGAUGAGGUACAGAUUUUGUCAUCAGCUUUGCCUAAUUUCGAUCUUAAAUUACCAGUCCAUCAGUCAGGUAUCAAAGCGCUAGCACAUGCUAUUGACUCAUCUGGAAGACUCAAGUUUUACACAGGAGGCGAUGAUAAUGCUAUAGGAAUAUGCACCAUGACUAUUGAAGAAUCUACUGGAAAAAUAGAAGGUCAUAUUUCUGCCUUCAAGCCAAAUGGAGCAGCAUCAACUAUCACAUCAUGUGGAUUAAUCGAUCAAGGAAAGUUUUUGGUUACGACCUCUGUUGACCAGCUAGUAAAGGUUUGGGACAUCAGUAAGGAUAAAAUUUCACUAGAAAAGAGUCAGUAUGUUACUGUUGCUGAUACAGGGUCGUCCGAUUCUAUUACAACUGAAGAUGGUUCAACAACUCUCCUCAUUGGUGGGGUAGGUUUAUCUAUUUUUCAAGUGCCUUGCGAAUAG